AUGACCACGUUAUUUUAUUUCCACGAAACAGAUAUUUUUCCAUAUCGACCAAUUAACUCAAUAUGGAUAAUUAUUUAUACAACAUUAUCAUUUAUUUGCUUUCUUAUAAUUGAUCAAACUACCAAAUCUAUUUCAAAAAUUAAGGCUGAAAAUAAUCGUAACAACAAUUGGUUAAGACAAAAUACAUUACUUAGUUUUAUACAUUCAUCAAUUUGUUCGAUAUUAAUUGUGAUUGCUGUUUUACGUGCACCAGAAAUGUUUGAUGAUCCAUUAUCCCAUAUUAAUUUUUUUAAUUAUGCAUUAAUUGCUUUUAGUGUUGGAUAUUUUUUUUGGGAUUUUUUUGAUUGUUUACAGAAUUCUACAUCAUCAACAUUUGCUAUUCUUAUUCAUCAUAUUAUUGUUAUAACAUUUUUUUUACAUAUACUUCUUCGUACACGUAAUAUUGGUUAUGGUCUAUAUGCUCUUUCACUUGAAAUCAAUAGUGUUUUCUUACAUGCACGACGACUUUUACGUUGGUAUUCACCAAUAUCACCAUCACGUAAUUAUAAGAAAACUCUUAAAUUAUAUAUUGAUAUUGGAAAUUACAUAACAUUUAUAUUAUUUCGUUUUGGUGUUGUUAUUACGGGUCUAUGGCAGUUAUAUGUACAACGUCAUCGACUUGAUCCAAUAGUUCAUAUAUUUACACUGAUGUGUGUUUCUUCAAUUGGCAUCUUAAAUAUUGUAUUAUUUUAUCGUUUAGUUAAAAAUCAAAUUAGUCGAAAAUUAGAAAGAAAAAGGGAUAAAUUAAUUGAAGAUAACGUUAUGAUGAUAGAUAAUCAUGUUAUAUUACCAAGUUAA